CAAAAGCCCUCUCUCUUCCUCCCUCAUGAAACCUUAACCUGGUCUGCCCUCAUCUCUGAACAACCAACCCUCCCUCAAGAACCGGUUUUUCACCUCCCCAAAAUCAAAACCGGCCCGGUUUCCUAUGACCACUUUGAACCGCUCACAUCUCUUUCUUUCCUUUCCCGGUCCAGCAUUUCCUGCCUGCCGUGGGCACUACUGAACCCACUUUAAUUUUUAUUAUUGCCUUCCCUACUCAGCUCUGAUUACCACUUUGGAUCCUAUCCCUCCUCUUCUUUCUUUUUUUCUUUUUUAUUUUUGCCCCUCUCUCUCUCUCUACCAACUCUCUCUCUCUACCUAUAUUUAUAGAUCCUUAAUAUAUCUAUACAUACAAGCAUAUGUUUAGUACUGUUGUCAUUAUGUAUAUAGCUUAGCUAGAACCCACCGUCUUCACAUUAGAGAGAGAAUAUAAGCAAGAGUACUUGCUUGCUUGGUUUUUCAUUUCUUCUAUAUAUAUAUAUCUACUUGUGCUCUAGCUUCAAUUUGUUCAUAGACAUGUCGAUGAGCUGCACAGAUUAUGCUCCCGAGCAACUCUGCUACAUCCCUUGCAACUUUUGCAAUAUUAUUCUAGCGGUGAGUGUUCCAUGCAGCAGCUUACUUGACAUCGUGACCGUCCGAUGCGGACACUGCACCAAUCUAUGGUCUGUGAACAUGGCAGCUGCGUUUCAAUCUCUGUCCUGGCAACAACAUGUUCAGGCACCCAAUUUCACUUCCCCGGAUUACAGGAUUGAUUUGGGUUCCUCUUCCAAAUGCAAAAACAAGAUACCACCAAUUACUAAUACCACCGAGGAAAGGGUAGUGAAUCGACCUCCCGAGAAGAGGCAGCGAGUACCUUCUGCAUAUAACCAAUUCAUAAAAGAGGAGAUCCAGAGGAUCAAGGCAAACAAUCCAGAUAUUAGCCACAGAGAGGCAUUCAGUACUGCUGCCAAAAAUUGGGCACACUUCCCUCGUAUUCAUUUUGGGCUGAUGCUGGAGACCAACAACCAAGCUAAACUAGUUUGAUUUUCGUGCAGUGCCCUGAGAAACGUUGUCAUGCCAAGGGCUAAAAACUAUUGAACAAAUGAUCGAGGGUCUUGAAUUUCAACAUUAAUCUUCAUCAGUGACUCCCUCUUCUUGAACUUAAGAAAGCCUCGACUUGAUUUGAAAUGUUUUAAGGACAUAAAACUACAUAUCCUUUCGUUAUUGUAUUUGGGACAAGUUGUUUAGAAGAUCCAUGUUAUCAAUAUUUGUAGUAAGAAGCUACUUUCCUUUGUCA